GGGACCCUCGCCCGGUGCCGGGCGCUCUGCGACAGCAUCCCCGACCCAACCCUGCAGGGGAAGCUCUACAACGACAUCGGCCUCGGCUACUCCCAGCUGCACAUCUUCCCGCUGGCUGCAGAGAGCUUUGAGCGCGCGCUCGCCGCAUGCCGCAGAGCACCGGGAUGCAGCGAGGAGGCUGCAGUGCUGCAGAACCUGGGCGCUGCCCGCAAUGCACUGCAACACUUCGCUGCAGCCCUGGCCCCACACCGGCGAGCGGCAGCGCUGCACGGCGCUGCGGGGAACCGGAGGGCGCAGGGGCAGUGCUUUGGGAACUUGGCAUACGCCUUCAGCCAGCUCGGGGAGCACGAGGCCGCUGCGGAGAACUACCUGCACGCCCUGCAGGCCUUCCGCGACUCGGGGGAUGUGCUGGGGCAGCGCAAAGCAUGUGAGGGGCUGGGGGCUGCCCGCUUCCACCUGGGGGACCCCCAGAGGGCCGCCGGGCACUACCAGGAGGCCCUGAGGCUGCUGUCCCGCUGCCAGGGCAGCCCCAGGGCAGAUGGCGAGCGGAUUGUCACCGGGCUGACCCGCAGCCUCCAGAUGCAGCUCUGCCUCCGGCCCACCCCGGCCCUGGACCUCGUCCCGCUGCAGUUCUGCUCCCCACUGCCCCACAUCAGUGGGACACAGCUACAGGGACGGAAGGUGUGAGUAGGAUUCUGCCCCGAGCUCCUCUGUGGGGCGCUCCCAGCAUCGCCCAUGGGAUAAAAUCUUCCCUCCCGCAUCCCCUGCAGGUCCUUCCGGGACACAGGGCAGGGUGGGGGUGAAGCUGCACCAGGGGCACCACCCGCGGGGUCAGCACCAAAGCUCCGCCACCCCCCCGCGCUCCCACCCUCCAUCCCCGCAGUGAUAGCGCUGCGAACAGCUCCGGACCCCCCCUGCAGCACCAGGGCCGGACCCGGGGGCUGGGGGGGCUGCACGGUGCCGUCUCAGCUCUGCAGUCUCCUGUGAGCGCUGGGAGGAACACGGAGCAGAGCUGCACGUCCAGCACCCAGUGCGGCACGGAGCCGACCGCUUUCCUUGUGCUGUAAGAUCUCCCUCCAUAAAGGUGUGCCUUCAUAGAACCGUGGAAUCAUUACGUUUGAAAAGAGCCCCAACCCCAACCCAUCC